AUGAUCCCAUUGAGAGGCUUACAACGAGUGUUGCACAGAUCAUGGAGACCCCUGAUACGAAGAAGUCAUCAGCAGGCGCCGUCAAAACUCGAACUACUGCAGAAACGGAUAGAUGAGAUCCCAAUUGAAAACUACAGGAAUUUCUCUAUAGUCGCGCAUGUUGAUCAUGGCAAGUCCACUUUGAGUGACAGAAUGCUGGAGAUUACGGGUGUCAUUAAACCAGGUGAGAAUAAGCAAGUUUUGGAUAAAUUGGAGGUCGAACGAGAGCGAGGAAUUACCAUCAAAGCUCAGACAUGCUCGAUGUUUUAUCAUGAUAAAAGGGAUAACAAGGAUUAUUUACUGCAUUUAGUGGACACGCCGGGUCAUGUGGAUUUCAGAGGUGAAGUCUCGAGGUCUUACGCCUCGUGUGGUGGUGCUCUUUUGCUGGUCGAUGCAUCCCAAGGUGUUCAAGCACAAACAGUGGCCAACUUCUAUUUGGCAUACAGUAUGAAUCUCAAACUAAUACCUGUGAUAAACAAAAUUGAUUUAGAUAUUGCAGAUAUACCACAGGCUGAAGAUCAGAUUGUCAACACAUUUGAACUACCACAGGAAGAUAUUAUCAAAGUAAGCGCCAAGACAGGGAUAAACAUUGCAGAGAAUCUACUACCAGCAAUUAUCGAUCGUAUUCCUCCUCCUACGGGCCUACUCAGAAAACCAUUCAGAGCGCUAUUAGUCGAUUCGUGGUAUGAUUCAUACAUGGGGGUCGUCCUCCUGGUGCAUAUUGUGGACGGUUCCAUCAAGAAAGGCGACAAGAUACUUAGUGCGCAAACUGAUAAGAAAUAUGAAGUAAAGGAAAUUGGUAUUAUGUAUCCUGAUAGAACACCAACUGGUACUCUGAGUAGGGGCCAAGUUGGUUACAUUGUUCCCGGUAUGAAGGCUUCUAAGGAUGCAAAGAUUGGUGACACGCUUAUGCACGUAGGUCGUGAAAGUGAAACUGAAGUCCUGCCCGGCUUCGAAGAAACCAAACCGAUGGUUUUCGUAGGAGCAUUUCCAGCAGAUGGAACUGAGUUCAAAGCUCUCGACGAUGAUAUUAGCAGGCUAGUUCUCAAUGACAGGUCAGUAUCAUUACAGCGUGAAACUUCGAAUGCCCUGGGGCAAGGCUGGAGGCUCGGAUUCCUAGGUUCUCUGCACGCUUCAGUAUUCCGUGAACGAUUAGAGAAGGAAUACGGAUCUAAGCUGAUUAUUACCCAACCAACUGUGCCCUACCAGGUGAAGUUUAUCGACGGAACUCAAAAGAUCGUCACAAACCCCGACGACUUUCCUGAUCUUUCCCUUCGUAAAUCAAAAAUUGAAGCUUUUGAAGAGCCCUACGUCGAAGCUAUCAUGACUUUACCGCAGGAACACCUUGGUAAUGUCAUCAAGUUAUGUGAUAAUAACCGUGGACAGCAAAUCGAAAUUACCUAUUUGAACAUGACUGGCCAAGUGAUGCUCAAAUAUCAUUUACCACUGGCACACUUGGUUGAUGAUUUUUUUGGCAGGCUCAAAUCAGUCUCCAGAGGCUAUGCAUCACUUGAUUACGAGGACAUUGGUUAUAAACCAUCCGAUGUUAUCAAGCUAGAACUUUUAGUUAAUGGUAAGAGUGUUGAUGCUUUAGCACAAGUCUUGCAUAGAUCUCAAGUUGACCGGGUCGGCAGAGAAUGGGUCAAAAAAUUCAAAGAGUUCAUUAAAGCACAGUUGUACGAAGUCGUCAUCCAAGCAAGGGCGAAUAACAAAAUUAUAGCCCGUGAGACAAUCAAAGCAAGAAGGAAGGAUGUCUUGGCAAAGCUACAUGCUUCUGACGUCUCUCGAAGAAAGAAACUGUUAGUGAGACAGAAGGAAGGGAAAAAGCAAAUGAGAAGUAUUGGUAAUGUCCAGGUAAGUCAGGAAGCUUACCAAGCAUUUUUACGUAGGUGA